GUUUUGAAGCAAAGCCAUUUUUUAACCACUUGGUCCCUUCAAAGUCUGUGCUUGUUUCUUGAUUUAGAGCACAUGUUGCUAUAAAUACAUGCAGUGCAAAAAGGCGGCUUGUUAGUCCCUUGUUAAUAGUUGCCCAAUGAGGCUGGUUUCACGUGCUUCCAAACCUGCUUCAACUUAACCAAAUUUCCUUCCAGAAUGAGUUCUAAAUAUUUAUGUUUGCUAUUGAGCGCCGGUAUAUUGUUGAAACCAUUCAGCGCCGAGAAAAGAAACGACAAUUCAGAUCCGGAAACCAAUGACAGAAGAGGAAAACAAUUUUCAUUCUUCCAAGUGAUCCAAUUCCCCAAUGAGGCAUGUAAUGGAACUGGGACCGGGUCAGGAACCUGCUACACUGGCCAGGAGUGUACCACCCGAAAUGGAGCAUCCAUUGGUCCCUGUGCCAACGGUUUUGGGGUUUGCUGCGCUUUUUCCAUUUCCUGUGGAGGAACAUCAGCGGAAAACUUGACUGUAUUUACUGACGCUAAUAUUCCAACAGGAAUGGGCGACUGUACUGUCAGAAUAUGUCCUGCCAAUGAUAACAUUUGCCAGCUUCGCCUAGACUUUGAUAGAUUCCAAAUUUCGGGUCCUUCGACGAUCACGACCUCUGUAACCCAAAUUCAAAAUGGACAGGCUGGCGCACUUGGUACCGAGAAUUCAGAAGUCAGUCAAUGCAACAUGGAUCGCUUCGAGGUGUCCAGUGGAUCGGGUGUCCGGCCCCCUAUAAUCUGUGGUUUGAACACUGGUCAACAUGUUUUUGUAGAUGCGGAUAGCGUUUGUAACGCACUCUCCUUUCAGUUUGGUCCCACAACAACCAUGAGGACAUUCCAGAUUCGGGUCACCCAAUACGCUUGUGAUUCGCCCAAUUUAGCUCCCUCAGGAUGUACCCAGUUCUUUACGAAUCCUUCUGGAACUGUCCAAACUUUUAAUUUUGGCAAUGGACAUCUCGCCGAUCAGAAUCAGGUCAUGUGCGUGAGGCAAACUCAGAACUCGUGUCGAAUUUGUUGGACUACCGCAAUGGCCAUAGAUUUUGAUGUUUCUGGAUCUGCCACUUCUGGAAUUGGAGGUGGAGUUGGUCCGACAUUGUCAGGGGUCACAUCGUGUUGUGCUCCAAAUACUGCAGGCAAUAACCUACAAGGGUUGGACUGCCUCAGUUUACCAUUGGCUGAGAAUGCAGCAGGAACCGCCAAUGCACGCUCUCGCUUUUGCGGUCGCAAGGCAGGGUUAUCGUCAGUUGCAGUGAUAAACUUGACCAUUUGUAGCAGAUCCAGCCCAUUCCGUGCGGUUUUCCGUUCCAAUGGCUUUGAGGUGACUGAUUCAGUGGUCACCCCAGUCUUGGCAACUUCUGAGUCUACCAACAAGGACAAUGGAGUGAAACUGAUUUACUUCCAAGACAGUGUUAAUUGAGUCAACUAGGAACACCUUUUUUCAAUUCAUCUAUUAAGUGUCAGCUUAUAUUUUGAAAUAUAUAUUUCACACAUUUGUUCA